GGUGGUGCAGGGUUACUCUACUAGUAGGAUCAAGGGAUGAUUGCUUGAAAUGACCAACAGACAUGUCUUCUCCUGAAGGCUAGCUUUAUGGUUUUCCUGGUUAUUAAAUCUGCUCAUGCUGGUUGAAGAACAAAUUUAAGAAGUGUGAAGAGGACUGGGGAUGUAGCUCAAUUGGUAAAGUGCUUGCCUAACAUGCAGAUAGCCCUGGGUUCUAUCCCCAGCUCUGUACAAACUGGGUGUGGUGGAUCAUGUGGUGAUCUCAGCACUCAGGGAGCCCAAGGUCAUCAUUAGCUAGAUAGUAAGUUCUAGGCCAGCCUGGGUUCAUGAGAUGCCUUUAAUAGAAAAAGGGGUGGGGGAGAGAGGAAGAGAGGAAGAGAGGAAGAGAGGAGAUAGAGACAACUAUUACUUUUUAGUGCCUUCACAAGUCUGCUUUCUAUGUGUAUCCGGACAUCUGGAUACUGAUUUUUUACAAAGUUUGAAAGACUGUUUCAUAUACAGUUUGCUAAGAGUACUGAGCUGCAGGGGUCUUCCCAUGACCAGUUGAGUUUUAGAGCAGUGAGUGUAGUGUUUCGAUUGCACAGUGAAACAGUCACAGCAGAGACAGACAACCCUCUUCUCCGCAGCCUUCCUCACCUUGUUCCCAAUGAGAUACUUAAGUGAAUGCUCGGCAGGCAUCUGACGGUGAUGUGAGGUGUGUUGGUUUAAACAUAGGUUAGAUCCGUGUAGUCCAGCCUGGCGUGAGAACUAAGACUGUCUGCCAGAGGAGCUCAGGGCAGCUUGGUCAUCGUGUCAGCUGCAUGUUAGAGCGAACGCACUGCUGAAGUUGUGUGUUUUAUGAACUAUUCUGUUCCAGUUACUUUUCAAGCUUUCCUAGGGGAGAAAUUAUUUUUCUAGGAGAACUCUCUGAAUCACCACUUUCUUCUUUCCAUGUUCUUCCUUCCUUGACCCCUUCACCCUGGUUUCCUUCUGGAAGGCCAGUUCUUGCUAGGUAGCCCAGGAUAACCUGUUACUCUAUCCUAGGCCAGCUUCAAACUCCUGCCAGCCCUCUUGAUUCAGCCUACGUGAGUGCUAUGACUUUAGAGAUUAUAGAUCUGAGAUAUGAUCAUUCCCAACUGAGAUGAAUACUUUUCUGUCUGCCUCUUGGUAGAGAAAUCCCCAUGCUCAAUACAUAACAUUCUACUAGCAACACACACACACACACAUACACACAUACACACACACACAGAGAGACAGACAGAGACAGAGAGAGAGACAGAGAGAAACAGAGAGACAGAGAGACAGAGACAGACAGAGAGAGACACAGAGAGAAACAGAGAGACAGAGACAGAGACAGAAAGAGACAGAGAGAGACAGAAAGACAGAGAGUGAGAGACAGAGACAGCAAGAGACAGAAAGAGACACAGAGACAGAGAUACAGAGACAUAAAGAGAGAGAAAUAGAGUAAUGAGAUACUGUUCCUGCACUGAAUAUCUCCCUAGUUCUUGAGGCAAGGGCUGACACCCAAGCCAUUUUACCACUGACAACUGUGCAGUUGUUGCUGUAGAAGAGUCCAGAAAGUGCCUUUGGCUGAUGUCACUGACCUCCCUUCAUCCCAGGAAACCUCAGUAGGGAGGGUCCCAGCCUGACCCUCGUGGUUUGUGUGCAUGCUGCCACGGCAUCCAUUGUACUGUGUUGGUACUUCAUGGGACAGGCCACUCUGAUCACUCAGGGCUUCCUCCUCAAGGUGACAUUGGCAAAUGACCUGUUGAAGAACCCGGAGAAGCCCGAGGCUUCAGGUAGGCACUGCGCCUACUUGUUGAGAGUUCCCAGCUCUGGGGUCAUCUUUGUUACCCCACAUUGUCAUACAGUGUGUUUGCCACCCCCUUCUUGUAGCUCCCUCCUCCUGCCGGACACUGGCAGAUUCCUGCAUUUUAGCGGAUGCGUCUAGAGGGGUAAUUUAUUCCGAGAACUGGGUGCUUCAGGAGCUGGUGCUUUUGCUCCUUAUUUUAAAAUGGGUUUUAAUAGAGAUGAUUGCCUGGCCAUGGGAAGCCAUGAGAAGGAUCUGUGGGUGGCUAAUUGCUUCAGUUUAACUAGAACUUGGGGUGCUUUCUCAUGUCUCAGGCAAGGAUUUAAGAGCUUUUCUCUUCUAGAAGGGUUUUAGCUUCAGCUUCACUGCUUUCUAGUCAGGGCUUGCAACUUAAAAACAAAACAAAACUUCAGUGCUGGGGCUUGAAUUUAGCACCUUUCACAUGCUUUCACCUUUCAUUGCUUUCACCUUUCACCUUUCACCUUUCAUAUCCACCCCCACCACUUAGCCACUUCUACCCUUCUUUCAGAAUUUUUAUAGGUGUAGAAUAAUCAAGUGGAUAUACUAUGCAUAGGGCCAGACUUCCCUUCUGGGGAGAUGAACUCCAGAUUAUACCCAUCACCGGGACUUUGCUAAGAGUGUGCAGCUAGAAAUGGACCCAUUUCAUGGUCUCCAAAGGCUUUCAGGGCUUCUUGUAGCUUCUUAGCCCAAAAGAAAUGCAAUGAAGGCAAGCGUUUCUCUUUUCCCAAACUAUUCUCCCUUGAGAGUGUUAUUUCCUAGUAUCCGGGGAGGCCUCGUCAUUUCCACGACUUGCAUGAUUCUGUCUUCUCGGAGUCCCAGUAACUGAAGAGUAAUGCUCAGGCCGGUUCCUAUGUGUGGUGAAGCAUGUGGACUGUCGGGCUAAGUGCUCCUGUUUAGCUCUCUGCAGAGCUCUUGUGAAUGCAGACGCUAUGCUGACCACACCCUCAUGGUCUGCAGCUUACUCUGCCUGUUAUUCGGUAAGGAAAGGUGGGCUCAGAGAAGUUUCCUCACCUUCUCAAGAAUAUGGGGCUGGAGGGCAGGAUGGAGAAGGUUCGACAGUCUGUCACCUGUGAGGAUAAUGGAGCCAUACUCUUGGUGUGGGCCACCUGCACAGAUUCCCCAUGCUCGGUCACUGACAGGUGCAAAAUCCCUUCUGUAAACCUGAGCAGGCCGCCCGUGCCUGUUGUGGAAAUCCUUGUUUGUUCUUUAAUUUAAGAACACAGUUAUGCUCCAGACUCAGGACUAACUGUUUUCCAGCAACUUGUCACUUUUGGUUACUGCUGUGACAUAUGUCUGACAAAUUCUUGUGUUAACGAGAAAGGCUGUGCCCCAUGGGUAAUGCUGGUAGUCAGCCCUGCAAACCCACUUCCAGAACCACCUUCCUUGAGAAUGUCUGUCGGUGUUAUGUUUAUGGCUUUCCCCCUUGCUCUCUCUGUGCACAUGUGUGUACUCUUGUGCUCCUUCUGUACCAUUCCUGGGAUCAGACUUAACACCAGGACUUAGAGAUCUAGCAGCAAGAGCCUGGGCGUAUCCUGGGAACUCUGUGCUGCCUCCCUCCCAGGCUACCUGACAAUCCUUACAGUGAGGAACAAGACUCAAGUUUUUUCCCCCUUUGUGUUCAGUUUUUCAUGUCAUAGGGUGGCAUUUCCCAGCUCUCCUGUGGUGAUGUGUUAGCUGUCCUAUCGGUGAUGUGUGCUUUCUGUGGCUUCUGGUGUCAGCUCCGAACGCCUCAUUACAACUUGCUUAUUCCCUAGAGAAUGCCAGGAAACAGGGGAAAAGCAUUUGCAAGCUAGUCUGCUUUCCUCCGUUCAAACAGAAUAUCCCAGUAGGAGCACGUGAACACCGAGCCUGUCUUCAGUGGGCUGGCUUUAGAUCUAAGUUGUAGCCAGCCCUUGCCCUGGCUUCCCUGUCAGCACAAGCCAGUGACAGGAGCCUAGAGUUGGAGUUCUUACUGUGGCUGAUGCAUACUGCAGCAUUUGAGGGAUCCCUAAGGAAGGAAGAUGUGUAUGACCACAGUGAUUUAUCUCAGCCUUAGGUUGGGUCCUGGUCCUGCCUUGGAUGGCUCUCAGGGAGGAUUUGAUGGUGAAGAGGCAGUUGCCGUUUUCUAAAUAUGUUCUUGUACUUUUCCGUUUCUCCCAUAAUGUCACUACUGUCAGUCUGUCAGUUUAAGUAAGCCGCACUCACCCUUCGUGUCUGGUGAUGGCAGGAGAUCCAGGCAGCACACUCCAACCCUGGCUGGGCUCUGGUGCUCAGGGACUUUUGUGAACAUCCGCAGCCCUCUGUAGACCCUUCUUUCACUCUCCUGCUGGCCCUGAGUCUGUCUAGAUAAAUCAGUGCUUUUCAAUGUUCCCCAAGGCUUGGCACUUCCAUACAGCAGUGAGCCCACUCAGGGUGGGCUGCUUUGUAUCACUUCCUGGUUUUUCUAAAAUAAUAUGGUCACAACUCUCAGUAAGAACUUAGAGGUAGGAGGGAGAGUAUCUUAGUCAGGGUUUCUAUUCCUGCACAAACAUCAUGACCAAGAAGCAAGCUGGGGAGGAAAGGGUUUAUCCAGCUUACACUUCCACAUUGCUGUUCAUCACCAAAGUAAGUCAGGACUGGAACUCACGCAGGUCAGGAAGCAGGAGCUGAUGCAGAGGCCGUGCAGGCUUACUUACUGGCUUGCUUCCCCUGGUUUGCUCCACUUGCUCUCUUAUAGAACCCAAGACCACCAGCCCAGAGAUGGCACCACCCACAAUGGGCUGGGUUCUCCCCCACUUGAUCACUAGUUGAGAAAAUGUCUUACAGCUGGGUUUCAUGAAGGCUUUUCCUCAACGGAGGCUCCUUUCUCUGUGAUAAUUCCAGCUUGUGUCAAGUUGACACACAAAACCAGCCAGUACAGAGAGGAAAGAUACUCUUAGAUGACUUUAAUUAACCAUAGACUCUCAGUAAAUAUGGACUUGUUUAUUCUGAACAGUUAAAGCUUUGGGUAGGGGUCUUCAAUUCUAUUAAGAAAGUUUAUUACUUAUGGCACACUGAUGCUGCUAUUGGGUAGAGUCCCAGAGCGUGUUUCUUAAAAGUUCAGACUUCACCUGGCUUCCUCACAGACACCAAGAGACCAGCUUCUUUUCCAUGUCCAUGUGUCACAUCUGUGUUGGGAUCCCAUGUGACUCUUUGAGCUUCACCCAUAUUUCCCUCCCCCCUAGAAAACAGGAAGAGGGAGAUGGAAAAGGCCAGCCAUGCGCCUCUCUUUUGAGAACAAGACUAGGAACUUAUGCAUAUUCAUUUUCUUCAUAUCCCAUUGGCUGGGAUUUGAUAACCUAGCCAACGUGUAGCUGCAAGGGAGUCUGAGAAAUGUAGUCUUACUUCAAUCAUUGGUUUGAGGGGGAAAGCAAAAUUUUGAGUUUUGCUGGGGAGAGGGGCUCUGAUCCAAGUGUGAGCUCUGCUCUGUGGUUUGGUUUCAUAGUUUUGGUGAGAGUGAAGGGUUGCCCUUGGCUCUGCCUCCACCGGACAGCAGGAAUAUGGCAUGAUGAAAUGUGACGGCCGUGUGAAGAAGGCGAGAGUUUUCCCUCCGGAGGCCAAGACUUUCAGUGUCAUUAGCCAAGGCUGCCUCUUCCUCUUCCCACUUAAUUUUGUGUUUCCUGUUCUUAGAGAAAAUAAAGCAGUAAAUUGCUGCUCUGUCUGAGGCGCUCGGGAUGCUAUUUAAUUUCAUUUUUGGUUUAUGUUUAUUUUGGGAAGUGGGGCAGUGCUCAGAAUUCUCCGGGAGAAAUAAGCACUCAUUUAUCAUUUAUUCUUAGAUGUCUUUUCUAGCCAGGGAAUGAGCUGCUUUUUCUCGGGAACUCGAUUCACCCCCACCUAUCGCCUACAGCCCUGGGCAUCUCCACCUGUGGCAUAGCCUGGAACUACCACCUGCCCCUCUCUUCCUUUGUUCUUCUCUUAGAGAACACAAGCACCACUCUCUCCCACCCUGUCCCCACCACACUGGCUGUGCUCUUUAGGGCCAGGGGUGCUUUCAGAGUGCUUAUUUGCUUUCACACCGGACCUGUCUCUGAACAUGCUCCUGACCAUCUCGGUAUCUUUCUCAUUUUGCUGUGGAUUUUGUUCAGCUCCAGGAAGACUCUUGGUUUCUAGAGGGCAGGACCUGUGUGUCUCUCUGUGCUCCCUCUUUUCCUCUUCGCUGGAGUUGGGGAAAGAGUGUCAGAUCCAACCAGGUCUGGCUGUCAGAAGAAUGGAGUGGCAUAUAGGGACUGCGCAGAGGUCCCACUAGGUGCCAGCAGUAGGAGCUCUUCCCGAUCCCCUUCCCCUGUCUUGUAGCUCAUUGAGGAAUUCAAAUGAUGCCCCCAGCCUCAUUAGUCCUUUGGGUGUGGUUUUAUGUAAGAGAAUUUGAAAUUGCCUUGCCUGUAGUGUAUAGUCCUAAAAACAGGUUUUUAAGUGAAAGCAUCCCUGGCUGUGAGUUUUCUAAAUACAAACAAACCCCCUUCAAGAGACAAAUUGGCCGGAAGUUAAGGGAAGCUGUUGGUGUGAUUGGAGAGGCCUCUCAGAUAUCACUGCCCAGGCUUGACUGGCAGCAUCCUGAUUGGGCAAGACAAAGGACUGUUGCCGUAGUAAUAAAAGAUAGGCGAGCCGGAUUCCCUCGCUCACCGCUCCACAUUGGGCCCCUGGUACUCUCGGACCCAGGCGGUCGCUCCCUGGUGUUAGUUCUGGUACUGUAGGGCCAUAAAGAACUAACAUGGGGUUGGGGAUUUAGCUCAGUGGUAGAGCGCUUGCCUAGGAAGCGCAAGGCCCUGGGUUCGGUCCUCAGCUCCGAAAAAAAGAACCCAAAAAGAAAAAAAAAAGAACUAACAUUAAUUUAUCUCAGUGGCAGCUGGCUUCAGUGAGGCACCACGCCACGUUAGACUAGCUGUCUUCUGGCCCCAGCGGUCUCUCCACUCUCAUUGGCCAGCCAUAAAAUCAAGACUCAACAAACUGUAACCCAACAAUCAAAUUUACACGUUAAAUACUCAAUCCACAAUACAUCCACAGAAUAAACUCACUGACAAUUAAUAAAGAUAGAUACUGCCCACCUAGACAAGAUAAAAUUGACCCAGACCACCCUGCAUCAGAAUCUUCUUCAUCUUGAAUUUUCUUGCUCCUCUUCCUCCUCCCUCCUUCCUAAACUUUUCCCCACCUAUCCUUCCUUCUCAUCCAAUGAUAGGCUACGCCUUGUCCUGGACCCGCCUUGCUGCAUAAUGACUUCAUCCUACCCAUGAUCAAGAGCAAUAGGAGCUGCCAAGAGAGGGGGCAAGAACACAGAACACGCAGUGUAGCUAUACACCCCUCAAACACGUCUCUUUCCUCUUCUGCGCAUGCACUUGAAAUAAUUGCCCCAGGGCACAGCUUCGGAGGAGGCUCAACUGAAUUUUGAUCCUAGUUUCACCUGACAACAAAGUCUUUCUCUUUGUGUGUUGUUGCUUCCCUGACUGAUUGUUUGGGAUACAGCAAGGGAAAACAUCCUUUGUGUUGUGUGUGUUGAGGGUAUGCAGAGUUAAGAGCUGGGAGCUAUGGGGGACAGCAGAGAUGCUUUCUUGCAAGAUAUUUUUUUUUCUGGUUUGGGCUUAUAAUUAUAAUUAAAAUGAUCUGAUUGCAUGUAUUGUGGGAGGACAUUGGCCUUGAUUGUAGCUGGUUGCUGCACCAUGAAAAGAACUUACAGCAAACACUAGAUAUUAGGAAACUUGGAUGGAAUGAAAGCUAAUGGAGGGAUUCUCUCUGGCCUUACAGAUGGGCACUGUUGUGUUUUUUAAAAAAGAUAGAGAAGCCAGGAAUAUGUUUGUUGUAGGUUUGGUAAGGUGUGGGGUAGGAGGGUACCUCUGCGGGCCCACACUGAGGGAUCCCUUUCCCCUGAGGGACCAGCCACAUGAUGGUAUAGUAUAGAAUAGAGUUUAUUCAGGCAUGGGGAGGGGAGUUAAGAGAAAGGCAGAGAGAGGGGGUUGGGGGAGGUAGAGGAGUAGAGGCCAGCCAUGAGCAUGUGGGGAGAAAGGGGAGCAAGAGCAAGAGGGCAAGGGAGAGAGGGAGAGGCAAGCAGCUCCUUUGAUAGUGAGUCAGGCCUACACUAAACACUAACAGGCACAUUAUCUGAGAAACUCCCUUAUUUUUUUUAAUGCAAUUUAUACUGAGAUUGGAGUGGUAAUAUUGUUAGAAUUCAUUAUUUAGCUUCCAGUAUGCUUCUGUGCCUGUCUCCUUUGAAGCUCAAAGCAUCUUGUAGAGAAGAUAAUGCUGCCUCUUUUAUGGCUAAGGAGACAGUGGCGUUGCUUGCCAUAGGUCACGCAGCUAGCAAGAAGGGAGAUGGGCUCAGCAGUCCUGGGCAGUGGUGUGCUCCCUGUCUCUGAGUGCCAUGGCAACCAUUGGUUCUGGUAACUGCAGAUGGUGCUGGUGGGCCAGCGGCUGAUGCCUUCAUGGAUCUGAUCGUGUCAAAGCACAGGCGAUGGGUGUCGGUGGGUCAAGGGUGGUGACAGCCCCCUUUCCACCUGCAGCAGAGGAUUUGACAAAUGUCAUUUCACACCUCCAGCUGCUAUAUGUCAAGUAUUUAUCAUAGUUAGCAAUGGAUAGACUGACACAUACGGGAGAAAUCAUACUGAGGAGAAAGGAGUUUUUUUCUUCUCUUUAAAACUGGUGAGAGACAACGGUCCACUAGAGAAUGUUUCUGUAGACUCAGGAGUCAUCAUUUUCCCACCAGUCUAGGCGACUUCCCCAGUUCCCAAUAAGAAUGAGAUGGCUCCAGAGAACGCAGCCACCAUCCAUUCCCUGCUUUCCUCUAAGCAGCAAGGAGAAAGCACUGGUGAUCUGAGAUGAGUUCUUGCCUCCUGGUUAGUCCCUCAGAUCCUGUCCUGUGGUAGGCUCAUGUUUGUGAUCCACUUCUGUGUGCCAAGAGACCGGGGUUGCAACCCUUACCACAAGGCUGGUGUGCUGUGUGUUUUGAGCAGGCAGACUUCUGCCCUGAAGUCUUCUACUUAGACGGUGUCUGGGCUUCAGGAGAAGGUGUGUGUCUGGGCUGUAGGAGAAGGUGUCUGUCUGGGCUCGGCCUUUGACCUGGAGGAUUCCUGUGGUUUAUGUGGAUUGUAUAAUUUAGUCUCAGAACAAAGAUUCCACAGCCCCAUCUGUUCCUCAGCUCAUUCACAGACUGCCCACAUCUCUGGGACAGUCCUCAUUAGAGGAGACUGACUGGACAAGAGAGCCUUCUGAAAGCCACCUGCAGUGCCCACAAAGCCAGCCAAGCUGCAUACAUGCUGAUGGAGGGUCAGAAGCCAUGUUCUAAAGUCAGAGCUUAGAAAAACCUGAGGAUCAAAUCAGACAGUCGUGGAAGCAGAUCCUGGCUCUGUUCUGGUACUUGGUAGGAUGAAACCCUUGUAUUCCCAAGCCUGCUUCUUCAUCUGGAACUGCUGCAAACAGAAUGGCAGCUUUAAGCCCAGGCUGAUCCCUUCUAGAACUUGUGUUUCUGCCUGGUGCCCCAGCAGGAGCCACGGCUUGUGCAUGUCAGUGGUGCUCUCUCUUCUUUACUGUGUCUGUUGAUUUUAGUCAGUUGACAUUUCUACCAGGGACUUUGGUGGGUGUCUUAGUUAGGGUUUUACGGCUGUGAACAGAAACGGUGACCAAGGCAAGUCUUAUGAAGAGCAACAUUUAAGAAGGCUAGCUUACAGGUUCAGAGGUUCAGUCCAUUAUCAUCAAGGCGAGAACAUGGCAGCAUCCAGGCAGGCAUGGUGCAGGAGGAGCUGAGAGUUCUACAUCUUCGGAGUUCUGGAGGCUGCUAGCAGAAUAUUGACUUCCAGGCAGCUGGGAUGAGGGUCUUAAAGCCCACACUCACAGUGACACACCUACUCCAACAAGGCCGCACUUCUAAUAGUACUACUCCCUGGGCAUGUAGAAACCAUCACAGUGACUGUCAGCUAAGGGUUUAAAGGUAAGGAGGAGACGUGCUAGAAAAGAUAGUGAUGGGAAUGUGGAUUGCCCACCUUUUGUGUGAGAAGAGCUUAAAGGAUGUUUAUGUGGGGGAUUCAAUACAAGAGAAUCUUCUGGUGAGGAGUGGACCAGGCAGGCACUGAGUGGACCAGCUCCAAGAAUCCUCUGCUGACCUGACUGCAGUGUCUCGGAACUUUUUCCUUUCUUACCUGUCUUCACUAUGGUCCUUCAUGCACAUGAAAAAGGGGUAAUGCUAGCUCUUAUCAGAGGCCUAGCUCUGAGUUAUAGCUAUGCAGUGACAAAGACAAACACUGCCUCAAGAAAACCAGGCAAGGAGUGGGGGCUGGAGAGAGCCCAAGAGGAAGGGCAAUAGACUUUAGGGGAAGGCAAGCAUGCAGGGAGUUACCUUGAGCUUUGCAGAGCAUAGAGCUAACCUGGGCCAGGCUGACCCUUUAUUUGUGCUAAAGGAAAGGAUGGGGAGAGGAUUGCAGAGACCUUGAGUAAGGGUGGCAGAGCCAAAUCAGGGAAAGGAACCCCCCUUUUCUGAUUAGAACUGGCAUAAUGGCAGCCCACACCCCUGACUUAGACAGCCCAGGUUUCCCACGGGUGAAAUGGAAUUACCCAUUGGAGAAACUAAGGCACACUCUGAGGAGUCCCACAGACCAGCCCAGAUGUGUAAGUUAGCAGAGAAGACAGUGCUGCAGAGGGGCACCGUGGCAGAGCUGCUGGGCAGAGACUGCCCACCAGGCCAGCUUGGAUAGCCAGAGGCAGGAACAGAGGAAAGGCCAGGUGGAAGCCACAGGCUUUUCCUGGCUGGCUUUGGAGUCUGUCCCUCCCUCACGGGAAGCUCAGGUGUUUAAUUACACCAAACUGUGAUCACAAGCAAACACCAGAGGGCUUGGCUGGAACCCAAGAGUUUAGCAAGUGGAAGUGAGGCAGGGUUUCGGAGCACAGGGCUUUGUGAAUGGGGCUCAGCGUCGGGUUCAGUUGUCCUUGCUUUCCUUUCUGCCCUCCCUCCUUCCCACGAAUACAGAUCAAACCCUUUCUGUGUGCCAGGCACUUAGACAUGGUGUGAGGACACACGGACAGCCACUCCUCUUCUAGUGAUGAUGGACCAGAGCUGCAGUGGUGGUGUGGGCACUCACUAGCUUCAGGUUUAUUUUGGAUGCUGUCCUAUUAACUAUGUUCCCAGGAUUCCCUUCUGCCAUUGGCUUUUGGAACCAACCCCACAAUGUGACAUUUAUUCAAAUGUGACUCUCGAAGCCUUAACAAUAUUCAUCUGGGAACACAGACAUGAGCAGGGAUGUAGUAAACAGCACAAAAAUUCAAGUUUUCCUUUCUGUCAUGUGCAGCAAGAUUACUAGAAUUCAACUCAUAUAAAUUUUUAAUUAAAAUUUGUUUCAAGUGUAUAUGGGUACGUGUGUGUGAACAUGUGUGUAUGCAUGUAUGUCAGUUCACAUGCAUUGGCAUGUGUAUGGGUUCAUAUGCAUAGGCAUGUAGGUAUAUGUACAUAUGUAGGCAUGUGUGUGUAUGAUUGUAUGUGGCUACACAUGCAUGGGCAUGUGGGUGGGUGUACAUGUGUGGGCAUGUGUGUGGGUGUAUAUGUGUGGGCAUGUGUGUAUGCAUGUGUGGGCAUGUGUGUGGGUGUACAUGUGUGGGUAUGUGUGUGGAUAUACAUGUGUGGGCAUGUGUGUAUGCAUGUGUGGGCAUGUGUGUGGGUGUAUAUGUGUGGGCAUGUGUGUAUGCAUGUGUGGGCAUGUGUGUGGGUGCACAUGUGUGUAUGCAUGUGUGUGGGUGCAAAUAUGUGUAUGCAUGUAUGUGGGUGCAUAUGUAUGGGCAUGUGUGUAUGCAUGUGUGGGGGGCAUAUGUAUGUUGGUGCACAUGCAUGUAGAGGUUCCAGGUUGAUGCUGGGAUUCAUUUCCAACCGUUUGCAACCAUAUGCACAGAGGCAGGGUCUCUCAAUCUACCCAGAACUCACCAACAGGUUAGUAUAACUAGCCAGCUUUCUUUGGUGGAUCUUCUGUCUUUGUGUUCCAAGAUUAGAAUUGCAAGACGGCCACCAUACCUGUCCAGCAUGUCCAUGGGUUUUGGGGAUGAACCCUGAUCCUCAGUUUUGCACAGCAAACUCCACCUCAAUUUUUAAUUAAAAAUAUAUAAUCGGCUUACAAAAUCAUAAAAAUACAGCCAUGAGUUUCUAUAUAAUAUCCAUCACACACAUACAGUGUGUUACUUAUCUCUUUAUUUAUAUAUUUACUUCUUUGCAGUACUAGGGAGUGAAUACCUUUCACAUCCUAGGUAAAUGUUCUACCACUGAAUCAUCCCUAGCACAGUGUGCAAUGCUUAAGUUAAGCUGAAGCUCCUCAGACAUUCAUAUCGAGAACCUUCCAGUUCUUUUACCUUUCGGUGUGUAUCCAUUGUUGUCACUCGUGGUAUAGCUCAGAGCUCCUGCCUCCCAUCUGUGUCCAACCUCUCCGUUCCCCUUCUCCCUCUCUCCCUGGCUUCUGGAACCACAAUUCUGGUCUUUAUUUCUGGGAGAGCUACUCUUUUAGCUUCCAAAUAUGUGUGAGAACAUGUGGUGUUUAUCUUCCAGUGCCUGGCAUAUUUCACUCCACACAAUGGCCUCCAGUUCCACCCGGGUUAUUGCAAAUAAUGAGGAGGAUGAAGCGUUUUAUCUGGGGGUAGGGGGGAGGGCUUGCUACUGACUUUUUGUUAACCCGGGGUCCCCAGCACUGCCCAUUGUUUCUGUGGGGGGUAUUGUGGGAAGCUGUGCAUAUGUGUGUGCUGAGGGUGGGGGACAGGAACAUGCAUGCAUUUGUGCACAAGUGUAUGUGGAGGCCAGAGGCUGACAUCAGGUUAUCAUGACUACCUUGAUUGUUUCUAGAGGGGUGUGUGUGUGUGUGUGUGUGUGUGUGUGUGUGUGUGUGUGUGUGUGUUGGUGAGACAAGGUCCAUCACUGAGCUUGGAGGAGCUCGCCAAUUGGCUGGACUGACUGGCCUGUCUCUUGCACUCUAGAACUGGGGUACAGGCACAUACUGCCACACCUUUAUAGGAAUGCUGGGAGUUUGAACUCAGGUCUGGUGUUUGUUUGGUAAGUGCUUUGUUUGAGCCCUUGCUGCAGCCCAAAGCAGCCUAUUGUCUCGCCUGGUCGCCUCUCCUUUCCAUCGCUGGCUAUUCCUCCAAUACUUCGUGGAUCCUUGGCUGCAAUGUGAUUCUGUCAUGGUGGGUGGAUCUUCUGAUGUUCUGUAUCACCCACAGUGAUGGAGAAGCAUCCUGAGCUGUCCUGCUGAACUCUGGUUCUGGCACAGUCAGGGUCCCAUGGUGUUGCCAGCGUUUGUUCCCUCACUGAGGCUUUCUUUCAUCCCAGUCUCUUCCCGAGACCCUGCUUCAGUUGGGGCUGCAAGGCUCUGUGUUCCCUCUUCUCACAGGAGCUCAGUUAUGGCAGCGUUCCUAGACAGGCUUGCUCUCUUCCAUUCAUGGAAGGCUGUGUGUCUGCCUUCCCUUGAACUGGCUUUUGGACUCAACUCCAUGAUCCCAGUAGACCAAGCCCUUGCCCAGUGGCCACAGCCUCAUAGCUGUUGAGGAGGAGAGACUUACUCACCCUGUAGAGGUGUGACUGGGAUGUGGCCAUUACCCCACAUCCCACUCAGCAGAGUGGUCUCAGGGUCUCUCAUUAAAUAUACUCCAACUUUUUACCGGCACAGGCUUAGAUGUGAAUUUACCUUUAUGAUUCUGGACUGUCUGUGAGGCACGGUCACAGGCAUUUCCUCCCAAGGUCUAGGUAUCCAAUCCACCCUUGGGCUGGGCUAGGGUGAUCACCUCCCUAGCCUCAGUCAGCACUGAAGCUACAUGCAGGUGGCCCCUUAUUUAAUCCCAUCACACAUCGGCUGAGGCACAGCUACCCGACCCCAUCUUCCUCUCUGACCCACUUCAGAAGCUGUCAGGAGGGGAGAGGCAUCACUGUGUCCAUCCUUUUUUUUUUUUUUUUUGGUUCUUUUUUUCGGAGCUGGGGAUCGAACCCAGGGCCUUGCGCUUCCUAGGCAAGCGCUCUACCACUGAGCUAAAUCCCCAACCCCCACUGUGUCCAUCCUUGAGAGUACUAGGGUGGAUGUGUGAAUGGAAUACCUGUGUGCACUACUUUUUAAAUUUACGCUCUGUGCGCAUCAUUCCCAUGUAAUAAAGGAUUUAUAAGGAACAGUUCUGGAAACCUUUUCAUUUUUCUGGAGCAUGUCUGGAAGCCAGGGGUGUCAUGAUUAUGGAGUUAUGUUAUACCCUUCUCUCCAGUGGGUGCUCCCGGGAGUCAGAGGGUACUGACUAAACCUGGAGGUAGCCAUGCUACAAGAUGGUAUCUAACUCCAUAGCAGCCUGCCAUCCCUUCUCUGGACACUGCGCUGUCUGCCAUGAUGUUCUAGGAACCAGACAUGGCUCCUGCUCACCUUGUUUCGCAAGGGCAGCAGGCCAAGGAGGCCUGACUGUUUAUAAUCCCUGGACUCAGAGGCCCAGCUCUUACAGGCACACAUCUAUACGUAGAGCCAGGGCUUCCGUCUCUGGGAGAGCAGCUUGCCACUGUGGCAGCCACCUUCUUGCUCCCUUAACCCGCGUCUGGAACCUGCAGUGAUGCUGGAAACCCCGAGAGGAGAGGUGGGCAGUGCACAGCUGAUGUGAGGGAGCUGCAGGCUUAUCCUGGACAAGUGGGUUUGAUUUAGGGAGAAUCAUUUGAGGUCCCUUUGCUGACACACUGCUCGGAGCAAGCAAGUGUCUUUCAUACAGGUGAGAGUGAGGCUCAAAUCCGUCAACUGAUUUCCCUUUUGUGACAACCUUUCCAGCAGAUGAGAGCCCAUGCCCUGGUCUUCCCUUCCCCUUGAAACCCCACAGACCUGCCUUUGAGAACCCUGCAGGGAACAAUAAGGCAGACAAUUCUACCUCAGCCUGGCAUCAUUGAGAUGAAAGACCUGGUGCUCACACAGACCUGUCCUGCUCUAACCAGAAUGAACAGCCAGUGCUGGCAGUGGUUGCCUCUGCUCAUAGGACUGGGGCUGCGUGCAGCUAGAGGUGUCUGUAUCCGUUCCAAUCAUGCUUAUAUAAUGUUUAAUGUUUAACUGCCAGCUCAGUAGUCCCCAGGCAUUUGGCUUUUAUAUUUAGACAGAUAGGUUGAUGACAUUGUUGAUGUUAAGAGCUCAUAUGUAUUGGUAGCUGUGGUGGUUUAAAUAUGCCUGGCCCAUUAUUGGAGCUAUUUGGAGCUGUGGCCUUAUUGGAAUAGAUGUGUCAUUGUGGGCAUGGGCUUUAAGACCCUCAUCCUAGCUGCCUGGAAGCCAGUCUUCUCUUAGUAGCUUUCAGAUGAAGAUGUAGAACUCUCAGCUCCUCCUGCACCAUGCCUGCCUGGACGCUGCCAUGUUCCCACCUUGAUGAUAGUAGACUGAACCUCUGAACCUGUAAGCCAACCCCAGUUAAAUGUCCUUAUAAGAGGUGGUGUCAUGGUGUCUGUUCUCAUCAGUAAAGCCCAAAAUAAGACAGUAACUUCCUAACGAUACCAUUAACUCAUACUAACUCCAUCUUCACAGCUCUGAGAGGUGGACUGGCCAUUACAGCCAUGUCACAAAUAAGAAAACCAAAGUAUAGGAAGGCUGUGGUCAACUGCUUCAAAUCCCGCAGGAGAUGGAAGGGCAGGGAUUCAAAUCUCUAACUGCGUGUACUCAUUGACUGACUAGAGCCUAUCCUAGGUCCAGAUUCCUCUCAGGCUUCCUGGUGUUCUUCCUCCUGCCUGAAAGAGGUCAGUGUUCUGUGGGGCAUCAGGAGAGAAAGUGAGGUGGGCAGGCCCUGAUGAAAGUGGGCCAAUGAGAUGGUCUCCUCUUCUUAUGUCCUCCUUGCUAUUCCUUCUCUGUGUGGCUUUGGAAAGUUCCCUGGCCAGAAACCACCUUCUAAUCAACAGUGUCUAUCUACCUGUACAAGCCGUAGGUGAUGGUGGCUGCCUGCAGGCUGGCUGUGAAGUCCUUGGUUGGGGCCUUGCAGGCAGAGUCCCUGACUGGCUGACACUGCAGUUGGGGAUCACCCUGAUUACUCUUCCUCCUCCUCUCUGUCCCCUCACUUGGAGAUUAGAUGUGGGCAUUGCCUGAUGAGAACUGUCUAUAGGGUUUCUAGUUCUAGCCCCUCUUUCAAAAUUGGCACAGAUACCAUGGUGUUCAAGAAGGUAGCCUUGAAGCCUCCAAGCAUUUGAGGCUCCAGAACCUUCUCUCUCUGUCCUCACACACAGGGCUGUUUGCUUAUCAAGUCUCUUCCCAUUGUUUGGUCAUUAAACAUGGAGGUUCUGAGGCAGUGGAGACUGGUGGGGAGCACAGAGGAUCAGAAGAAACCUGGGAGUGCUGCUCUCUUCUCUCCCAGCUUUGGAUGGCUUCACCCCACUGCAAGGUGCACUCUGCUCACCACCACCACCACCACCACCACCACCAGGCAUCUUAUAAAUUCAGGCUUCCUUACUGAACCAUCUUAUGGGGUUGGAUGUUCUCACAUUCAUAGCUUAAUGACCUUAAUUAAUUAGCAUAUUAGUACGGAGUGAGAGGGUUUUUUUUGUUUGUUUGUUUUUUGGGUUUUUUUUUUUUUUUUUUUUUUUUUUUUUGCUCCACUACUUUUGGUUGGUUCAAAGGCUGGGCACUCCUAAGCCUUCCUCUGCUACCCCAGGCUCAAUCAGGGAAGUGGCUAAUGUCCACUUUCCCCAAUCCUUACAUGGCUGGUCUGCUCUGUCUCCUGCAGCUCAUGCGUCUCAUCUUUCUUCCCCAGCCAUGGCGAUCCUGUCUCUCCUCCCCGCAUUGUAACUCUAAAGGUCUCGUCCCAUCUCCCUUUGUCAAGCCAUUGGCCACUGGCAUCUUUAUUGAUCAAUCAAAGAAUCAAUUGGGCGCAAAGGACUUUUGGCAUCUGGACACACAGAUUUCUGCUGAAUCAAAGCGUUAGAGCCCAUCUCCAACACUAGUGAGAGAACUGUGUGUGCUGCCUAUGACGUCACCGGUUCCAUUAAGGCUCAGGUCGAGCUUGCAUUUCCUGAUGUACAUGGAGAAUCACCUCAGCACCUCAGCACCUGCCCCUGCCUGCUGUUCUCCUGCCCUUCUGUAUGCCACCAUCUUUGGGAAUGUGACGACCAUUUUCCAGCAGAUGUAUGCCAACACCAACAGGUAUCAUGAGAUGCUCAACAGCGUCCGGGAUUUCCUGAAGCUCUACCAGGUGCCCAAGGGGCUGAGCGAGCGGGUCAUGGACUACAUUGUGUCUACCUGGUCCAUGUCCCGCGGCAUCGACACGGAGAAGGUCCUGCAAAUCUGCCCCAAGGACAUGCGAGCUGACAUUUGCGUACACCUGAACCGAAAAGUGUUCAAAGAACACCCCGCCUUCCGGCUGGCCAGCGAUGGUUGCCUGAGGGCCUUGGCCAUGGAGUUCCAGACAGUACACUGCGCCCCAGGGGACCUCAUCUAUCACGCCGGGGAGAGUGUGGACAGCCUCUGCUUCGUGGUCUCGGGCUCCCUGGAGGUGAUCCAGGAUGAUGAGGUGGUGGCCAUCCUAGGGAAAGGAGAUGUGUUUGGGGAUGUUUUCUGGAAGGAGGCUACCCUUGCACAGUCCUGCGCUAAUGUCCGGGCCUUGACCUACUGUGACCUGCACGUGAUCAAGAGGGAUGCCCUGCAGAAAGUGCUAGAAUUCUACACAGCCUUCUCCCACUCCUUCUCCCGGAACCUGAUUCUCACCUACAAUCUGAGGAAGAGGAUUGUGUUCCGGAAGAUCAGCGACGUGAAACGAGAAGAAGAGGAGAGGAUGAAACGGAAGAACGAGGCCCCCCUUAUCCUGCCUCCUGACCACCCUGUCAGGAGGCUCUUCCAAAGGUUCCGCCAGCAGAAAGAAGCCAGGCUGGCAGCCGAGAGAGGUGGCCGGGACCUGGAUGACCUGGAUGUAGAGAAGGGCAAUGCCCUCACGGACCAUACCUCAGCCAACCACAGCCUGGUGAAGGCCAGUGUGGUCACGGUGCGUGAGAGUCCCGCCACGCCUGUGUCCUUCCAGGCAGCCUCCACCUCCACAGUGUCAGACCACGCCAAGCUGCAUGCACCGGGAUCUGAGUGCCUAGGUCCCAAGGCAGGCGGUGGCGACCCUGCCAAGCGCAAAGGCUGGGCCCGGUUCAAAGAUGCCUGUGGGAAGGGUGAGGAUUGGAACAAGGUGUCCAAGGCAGAGUCCAUGGAGACGCUUCCCGAGAGGACAAAGGCAUCGGGCGAGGCCACGCUGAAGAAGACAGACUCCUGUGACAGUGGAAUCACCAAGAGUGACCUGCGCUUGGACAAUGUGGGUGAGGCCAGGAGUCCCCAGGACCGGAGCCCCAUCUUGGCCGAGGUCAAGCAUUCUUUCUACCCCAUCCCCGAGCAGACACUGCAGGCCACAGUGCUGGAGGUGAAGCAUGAGCUGAAGGAAGACAUCAAGGCCUUGAAUGCCAAAAUGACCUCCAUUGAGAAGCAGCUGUCUGAGAUCCUCAGGAUACUCAUGUCCAGAGGGUCCUCCCAGUCUCCGCAGGACACGUGUGAGGUCUCCAGGCCCCAGUCCCCAGAGUCAGACAGAGACAUUUUUGGGGCAAGCUGAGAGGAUCAUUUCAAAACAAACAAACAAAAAAAUCAAAGACAAAAGCCUGCCCCCUGCCCCUGACACUUCCUACCGCACCAAACACAUGACCAACAACUUUCAAACUGGGCUUUUUCUGACAAGAAGUCAAAGUCAGACCAAGUGACUUAGGUGUGCCUGCGUGGUCUCUGGAAAACAUAAGAGGGAACAUGGCAAGGAACCCUACCAUGCAAGAUGGCAGCUGUGUUGGGCUAGCCAUUGACAGUUGUUGAAGAAGGGGCAUUACAUCCAUCGAAAGAGCAUUUCCUCUAACAUGUUUUACCAAUGUGAUAUUUUUAAAGGGUUAAAACUACCAGGUAAGGGCAGCAGCCAUGUAGAGACCGGUGGAAGAACCCUGAAAACCUUUCACAAAUAGACUACACUGGGCUUCUUUACCAAGACCCCUGAAGACCACAGCAGGCACAGGACUUCUGGGCAUUCACCACCCUCAAGUAGCCCUGUCUGACACCACCUGUUUUUCUACUCUCGUCUUUUGUAACAAGCUCGUGAUAGGGGAGCUUGACGGGCUGGAAGAACCUUUCCACUCUAACGGUAGAGGUGAAGCAUCGGGUGCUGUGCGUGGACACGCAGGCUGGGCCCCUCAGGUUUCCUUGCCCAGAAGAGGUGAGGCAAGAGUAAGGGCUGGAGAGGGCCCUGCAGGGGCUCUGAGUGGGUUCUGUUGCAUGGUCCAACGCCUGCUCCUGUGGACGGUUGGUGUGGAAGCUCCCUAACCCCAGGGGACCCUCUGGAGCUGCACCACCUUACAGGCCUCAUGACACGAGCUCCUCUCCUUCUCCCUUAACCUACCUUUUCCUAAGCUUGUCCAUGGCUUUCCUCAGGGUGUAGGGCAUCGACCGGAAGGGGCAGGCGCCCAGUAUUGAUUUCCUAACAAAGCAGACACACAUACAACCUCAAAAAAAUGAUUGUAGCAAGUACUAGGUUUCUAUUUUGAUUCUCAUGGGGAUUUCUGUCCAAUGCAUGGGGUCAUUAGAGGACCUGUGGGAGCCACACUUAGCCUUAUUUGAAAGCCAACCUAUUUCCUACUCUAAAAAUAAUGGCAGGACCAUGAUAAUUCUCUUCUUAGGGAGCUGGAGAAAAACAAUAAAACAUUGGUUUUCAAAAUAUCUCAGUAAUGAGCUGGAGGAUGUGACAGUGGAACUAUGGCCUGGGAGAAGGAGGGGGCUCGGAGCCAUGGUCACGGGGCCACCUCCGUGCCAUCCAAAUUCCCACAUCAUGGUGCUCAGGGACACUCGCUGCCUCGAUCACUUGAGGACAGGUUGUUUGUUCUUCCUUCAAUGGCGUGAGACAGGACGGAGGAACUGGCUCAGGUGCAUACCUGGCCGGAUGUCAGGGGUGUAACUCUGCCAUUGAGCCUAGAAGGUCAGCUCUACAGUGAGAUUUGAGAGAGCAGUUGGGACAACAAGUGACAUGGGCACCUCUGCUUAGCUUUGCUUGGCUGUUGCAAUUCAGAAUGUCAGCCUCUUUAGGGAACCUGACACUCAAGACCUGUUCUACCAAAGAUACUUACUGUUCUGCUUGGUGGCUAUGGCACAUGCUGGGACUUGAUCCCAGACAGCCCUGGGACGUCAAGGGUGUACAGACAUGUAGCUUUUCAUGCAAUGCAUAGGGGCUGGUUCAUGGCAUCCCUAGGCCAAGACAUGGCAGAAUUCAAAGACACCCACUGAUGACCAUGGGUAAAACUAGGCCUGCAGUCUCUUGAGCUGCUGCCAAACACCACUUAGAACAGAGACUGUGAAGUGCUGUCGCAUAUGCCAGCUGCCCCUGAAUGUCUCACAAGGCCACUCCUCACAUAUACUUAUUAGCCUAAAGUCAAGGGACUGCUCAGCUUAGGCUAGAUGGACCUCACUGCCAUGCAACACUCGGCCUCAGAAGCACUUGCUCCUAGAGAUCUUUCUGGAACUCUCUGGGAUUUAAUGGCCCUCUAGCCAGCUAUAGAGCAGAGACCCCACUGCUCCUUGACUGAGCUCUGUCUGAGGAGGGGGUAAACCUCCUUAUGGUGUAUCUCCCUAUCUUAGGGAUUCAGAUGCUGGGGUUCAGGUAAACCCACCCUUGUGACAGGACAGGUGACAGAUAAAGCUUCUGGCUGCUCUCUGGGGUCAGUGCACAUGAGGUUGAAGUCCCAUUAGACUGAGGUCCAUACCCUGGAAGGGGUAUAGCUCUGCCCAUCUUGGGGUUCUAGGUUGUCUGGGGCUUCGGUUCCUUCUGGUGACAGUGAAGAACUGAGGGUGGCUUCUAGUUUCCUCCAUUUCUUCAGCAGUUUUGCUAGGAUUGCCUUCUCCGAAACAAAUUUUAAAUGAACCAACCCAUGUCUCUUUACUGUCAUGGCAUGCGCUGGGCCGGAGGCAGGUCUUGAGCAAGGACCACAGGACGUGGAUACACAGCCUGCACCUUCCGGCUUUAGCUGUUACCUGGUGGUUGAGGAGAGACUGGGAAACAAAGAGUUACCAUGUGCAGACUGAACACGGAGAUUUCAGAUGAAUUAUGCUUCGAGACACUUUGUCCUUUUUGGGGGGGGGGGGACAAACACACAGUGUGGUGCACCACUGUCUGGUAAGUGCUGGCUACCUGGUCUCUCUAAGCGAGCUUCUGUGGAUGUCAUCUGUAGUGAAGUGCCGCUUCCCAGCGGCUAUCCUGACAGGUGACUGAUGGACUGCUCUCUUCCUGAGGGUGUGGGCAUCAGAUCCAAAAUAUCAGUCAAUGUUCUGGCUGUGGUGGGCAUGCUGCCUCAUCAGCCUUGCCCUCCCAGGGCAGUGGCAGGUUCCUCCACGGGGCAUGUGACAGCCUUUGCGUUGCUGUGAUCUCGCAUGGCCAACCCCACUUCUCUGCUUACUGCUGGAGCGGGGCUCAAGUGUUUUGGCUGCUGGAGGUCCAAGUUAGGCCUUUGUUUAUGCUAGGGAUGAGCUCUGCCACUGAAUGAUACCUCAGGCUCCCCAUUUCUCGCUUCCAUGUCUUGUUCUCUGGUUCCUAGGGUCCUGUUUUAGCCUCCACCUCUUAGAGUCUCUGCUGCUUUAACAGCAGGGAUAAUUGGGCAAGGGGUAGAAACACACCACCACCCCACCAUCCGCAGGCUUCAGCCUCCGUAUCCUUCAGUGGAAGGAGAGAAUAUUAAGCCAAAAUGCUGGGUGUGUCCAGGUUGGAACAGGGACUGAGUGAACUCUCCAGAAAUACCAGUCAGAGACAGACAUCUCUCUGUGACACUGACAUCUCACAGGUAUACUCUGUGGGCUCUCAGGAGCCCCGGUGAAGGUACAUGUCGUAGAUGUACACGCAACUAAUUGUAUUUUGUUUUGCAAUAAAGAUGUUUAGCCUUAAGACCCUUGAGUGGAAGUCCAGCUGCCGUGGGGGUGCCAGUACCCCUUUUUACCCCAUCUCCUUGUGCCACUUAGGAAAGAGACCUGCCUAAAUUCACUCCGGCCCUUGGACACCCUCUCCUACCUAAAGGUCCCUGUCGCUGUUGCUGCUCCAUGUACUGCCUUCUCUCUCGCUUCAAUAAAAAACUAUCCUCACCAGCUCCUGUGCUCUCUUCCCGGAGGAGUCCUCAGUGUCCUUGAAGCACCGACCCUAAGCUUCCAAGAAAGGACCAUUUCCCACCCAAGGUGUUGUUGGUGUGGAGACACGUACCUUGCCACCUCUCACACAGUUCAAAGGAGUCAGCGUGAAUUUACCUGCAGCUUAAAGGUCUGUCUCAAAAGUGAAACGCCAGUCUUCAUGCUAGUGUAUCUGAACCUUUCAAGGAGGUCUGGAAUUUCCUGCGGGAGCCAGACCUGGUGGGGGCGUCUCCACCUGCCACUUGACCUUCCUUAGAGCCACUGACUCUACACCUGUGACUUCCGAGUCAUCCCAUCGACCCAUUAGUCCUUGAGAAGUUCACAGCUCUCCUUUCAGAAGACAGACCGCUUCUCGGUAAGGACGCAGCGUGCCCUACCGUACUCCCCCGUGAGUGUAGCCUCUUAUUAUUCAGAUGCUGUAUUUCGGCAUCAGUUGGAGACUGUCCACAUUCAAGUUGCAAGGACAUUCAUACUCAUGAGCAGUUCGUCAUCCCGGGGCUUCUCAUACGAACGCUCUCCGUCAAAUCCUGCCAAAUCCUUUAUCGGGAUUUUUUUUUUGUUUGUUUCUUUUCCCUCUGUCCGAAUGAGCAUGAAUAAACAAGUGAGAAGGAACCAAGGCUAUUUUUGUGGUCAGCCGAGGAUGCUGCCAAGAGCUCCCCUGUGUGGCUGUGUGGAUGUGGAGAACAUGUGGGCACUCCACGGAUGAUACCCCCUUUUCUUGACAUUUUUAAACAAGCACAAAUGAUAUUUGUAAAAAAAAAGUUUAAUUUUAUUUAUUAUGGUAAUAAACUAUUUUAUACGUGA